UCUCCCAGGUGAUCGCUGCCCAGGCGAUUGUUGUGUCUCUGCUUACUCCAGGGGCUCCUGUAUGGAAUCUGGCCUCCAAGGAACCAUGUGCCUUUGGCUCUGGUUACUUUGCUUCCUGCCAGUAUCUGGGACGCUGAAGGUCCUCCCGGAAGUACAGCUGGAUGCCGAGUGGGGUGGAUCCAUUAUCAUCAAGUGCCCACUCCCUGACCCUCAAACAGGUGUGAGGAUGUACCUGUGCCGGGAGAUGACUGACCCCAGGAUAUGUGCCACUGUGGUAUCCAACAGCUUCGUCAGGGAGGGGUAUGAAAGACGAGCCGCCCUGCUGCCAUGGCCGGAUCCAAAGUAUUUCCGAGUGGAGUUGAGGCGGCUGACCGAAAGUGACAAUGGAGUCUAUGCUUGCGGUGUGGGUGGACACACAGACCGGGGCAAGACCCAGAGAAUCACCCUGAAAGUCCAUCCUGUAUAUGAUCCAUUCUGGGAAGAAGAGCCUCCCCCUGAGCUUCCACCGUGGUUUCACAGAUUUCUGCAGGAGCAGAUUUCUAGCCGGCUCCAUGAGGUUGAACAUGUCACUUCUUCUGAAUCCAUAUCCGAAGUGACCACACCAGGUCCCAGGACCAAGGCCCCUCCAGCUCACCAGCCCUCCAGCACCGUUCCAGUCACCCAACAUCCCAGAGUUUCCAGAACAUCUUCCAUGACAGCUGCUAAGUCCCCAGCCCUCCUGCCAGCUCCCACAGCCUCAAAGACCUCAGCUCAGCCUGCACUCCGGCCCCUAGCGGCCAGCUACAGCCAUCACACCAGUCUCCAGGGGCAAAGAACACCCCACCACAACCCACAGUAUGAGAGAGAAGACCAAGGGCUGCACAUCCCCGUCCUAGAAUUUCACAUCCUGAUUCCGGCCUUCCUGGGCUUUCUUUUGCUGGUUCUUUUGGGACUGAUGGUAAAAAGAGCCGUUCAAAGAAGGAAAGCCUUUUCCAGGCGCGUGGGCAGAGUGGCAAUGAGGAUUCGAGGCCGGGAGGCGUCCCGCCAGUUCCCCGCACAGCGCCCGGGUGCCCCGCAGAGACCACGCUCGCAGAACAACGUCUAUAGCGCCUGCCCGCGGCGUGCGCCGAUACCCGACCGAGUGGGCCCAACAGAGACUCCACUCCUCAGUACCCCAGCCUCAGCACCCCCAGCCCCACCGCAGGUACUUGAAGCCCCCUGGCCUCACACCCCACCUCUGAAGACAAGCUGUGAGUACGUGAUGUUGGGCCACCAGCCUGCUGUCAACGUGGAAGACAGUGAUCCAGACGAUUACAUCAACAUUCCUGGCCCAUGUCAUCUCCCCAGCUGUCCCCCAAGGCCCAGAUCUUCGUGCCAAUGAGUCCUGCCUGUCUGCUGAUAUCCAGCACCCUUUCUAUUUGUUUAUAGAAACCCUGUUACCUCCCAUGUCCCACACCCCAACUUGAGUCUCACCUGAUUAUCUGAACGCCUUGAGAAUGGUCCUAUUACAAUUUAAUUUUCACCCCAUUGACACCCCCUGCACUCAUCGGGAGCACUCUGGGCAUACAGAGCAUUCAUUUGUCAUGACGGCACCUGUCCCUUCUGUGCCACCUAACAUCCUAGGGGACCUACAAGAUGCUUCAUCACUAUUGGUCACAUGGUCUUUGCUGCCUUACUCCUAGCUCAUGUGGCAUCAGACUGGAACAUAAGCCUGGAUGGUCUUCCCAGACAACCAAAGGGCAUAAUGAGCUUCUACUUUUCUUGAGUCCCAUGUCAAGGGCAACUUAUUUGAUAUGAUGACUUAUUCUAAAUUUUUAGAACUAAGUUUUCAUUAGUGUUAGAGACACCACACACACACACACACACACACACACACAGCACACACGAAUCCUCUUUAACUCCCCAUCGCUUGGUAUAAAUAACCUGACUCCAGCAUCUCUCUCUUUCAGAAAGUCUUGGCUAUCUCCUAUCUUCUUCUGUAUCUUAGCACCUUCACUUUGAUCUUAGCCAAACUAUCACCUCUCUCUGCUUUCAGAAAUACAGCCAUUUCCUUGACAAUUCCAGACAGCUCAUAGCAAGGCAUGGGAGCAAAGCACCCAGGGGGAUCCCACGAGGUCAGAACUCUGCACUAGCACUUCCAGCAUGGAAGAAGAGACAUCCCACCCGCACAUGCUUCUUGUCUGAUGCUUAGAGCAAGGGUAGAGUCAGGCACUUCUGGAAUUGACAUCAGCUGCAGAGUUCAGGCAUAGCAUGAGGCAGGAGAAUGCCAGUUCUUGCAUUUGAGAAGAAGGCCUUUCCCAGAUACACAACACAAGCUCCCUGAACACUUUCCUAGAAAUUAAAUGAAGUGGCUACCUGUGUCAAGCUGCUUUUCUUUAUGAGGAAUAGCAUCACAGAUUGAACACUGCAUCCAGGUAUGAAGUCACUCUCAGCUUGACACAUCAUAUUAAACAG